GUAUAUAUAUCGGACCGCUAUAAUAAUUUUCUGAUAUUUACGAAGAACAACAAUACAUGCAGAAAAUGAUGAUUUGGGCGCAUACAUUGUUAGUUGCGUUGUGUCUCAAAGCUUGUGCUGUGGCUAUCGAGCAUGAAUCACGGGAAUCAAAUAAGGCAAACGGGUACCUUAUUGACAAGUGGGGAAAAUUCUUUGAUUUUGAUGAUUUCAGUCAUGAUGGAAUUCUUUCAUUGGAAGACCCAAAAGCAUUUCUGGAACAUUAUAAAGCUCGUGAUGAUCUGACCGAUAAGCAAAUAAAGAAGAUCGUAAAAGAAAUGAAUAGACUGUGGAAGGUCUUCUUUUUCACAAACAAAAAAGAACUCUCCAAAAAUGACUUCAUAAACAUGAUGAAACAAAGGUAUGAAUCCAAUACAGCUACAUUUAUUGAGAUGGUACGUGCGUUUACAACGGAUUGGUGCAAAUUGUUAGACUUGGAUGGAGACACAUUUCUUGCAAAAAAUGAAUUCAUUAUGAACUUUGUUGCUGGAACGCACAACAAUACCCAAAUAGACGAGCAAUUUUUCUACAUGUAUAAUCCCGUUAAUGAUCGUUUUCCUGUUGACGAUCUCAUCGAGUCUUUUGUUCUCUUUGCAAUUGAACCCGAUAGCUCGAAACCGGACAUUUUCUUAAAUGGAAUACAAAUCGGAGUUUGAAUAAUGAUUAUUUUUAAAACAUUUGAUGAAAUUUCGUUUUGA